AUGGAUUAUUAUGCCUACAGAAUAUCUCCAAGAGUGGGAGAAUAUUCAACAAUUCUUAGAGGAGAAAUAAUUUUUCAAGAAUUUAUUGUCGGCGCAUGGGAGGCCACUGAACAAAAUCGUCUUGAAUGGAUGGAACAUGGUCAACUUGAAUUGCGUGCUCAAAAUUACAAGAAAAUAUACAAGAUUGUUGCCUCCAAUCAAAAUCCUGCUGAAGCCGGACAACCAUUGAUCUUACCAUCCUUAUUCACAGGUGGUCCUCGAUAUAUGUACGAGAUAUACCAGGAUUCCAUGUCCAUCACCAGGUACAACCAUCACCCAGAUAUCUUUCUCACUGUGACAAAGAAUCCCAAUUGGGAAGAAAUAAGGGGUUCUUUGUUCCCGAACCAACAACCACACGAAAGGCCUGAUUUAGUAGCUAGAGUGUUUGACUUGAAGCGUAAAGCACUAAUGAAUGAGAUACAAGAAAACAGAGUAUUUGGCACCACAGUGGCACAUGUGUACACAAUCGAGUUUCAAAAGAGAGGCUUUCCCCAUGUGUACGCGCUGAUUUUCUUGGACAAAGAUGAUAAGAUCCGCACACCAGAACAGGUGGAUAUUAUUAAUAGUACUGAGAAUCUCAUAGAGUUCUCACGUGUGUCUGAGUGUGUGAGAAAUGAUCCUUAUUGGCUGAGUGUGAGCUGUCCACAGCCUGUCCUGUUCUACCAUCUCUUGUCUUAG